AUGUACGAGCACAAGAACGGGCCUGGCAUGACGUGGACAACAGCGCAUGCGACGCCCGACGGCUCUGAGGAGGAACUUGGCCGCGACCUUGCCACCGACCUCGACCACGCCAUGAACGGCGGAUUCUACUCGGAGCGCAUCAUCGAUGGCGUAGACAAGGUGGAGCUAGGUGCGAUUGAGUACUUCGACGUCGCCAAGGCGAUCCUGACUCGAGGCCUGGAGCGCGAGUACGAUCUUGUUGUCCGGGCGACAGGGUUCUCGAACACCAUCGAUUCGAUGUGUACAAUGCUAGGCGAUUAG